AUGGAAAUGGCUGGUUCACUGAUUGCUUUUGCUUGCGGUUCCCGAUGCCCAGCUAUGGAUGGACAGCAACGCAAUGGUCUAUUUACAAAGCAUCUUUUACAGCAUAUUAAAACUCCGAAUGAAGAUAUUCAACUGUUGUUGCGGGCUGUUAGAAAAGCAGUUGUGGAGGAAUCAAAAUAUGGACAAAUACCUUUUGUAAGCGAUGGAUUACUUGAGAAGAACAUAUGUUUGUAUGGCCAAUCGCGAUACAAACUGGAUGGCUUAAUACAAAUACCUAAUGCAGAGCUCAAGCUUGAUGAGGAGAUCGGUAAAGGCGGCUUUGGAACGGUUUACAGAGCUACAUGGGAGCGUACACAUUACACAGUUGCAGUCAAAACACUACACCUUAUUCAUUUGGCCAGUAAUGACAAAAGAGCGUUUGAAAAAGAGCUUAAAAUAUUACACAAUCUUCGUAGUCCACACAUUGUUACUUUGUUCGGUGCAUGUAUGGAAGAUGGAAACUAUGCAAUGGUGAUAGAGUACAUGUCUCUUGGAUCAUUAUAUAAGGUACUGCACGAAGAUAAGGAUACGGAUAAGCUUACAUUAGAAUGGCCUGAACGAUGGUCGAUAGCGUUGCAAGCAGCCAUAGGAGUUAACUACUUGCAUCAGUUAUCGCCAGCUAUCCUGCAUCGUGAUCUAAAAUCAGCGAACUUUCUAUUAGAACGGAUUUAUGAAGGUUAUAGUGUGAAGCUGUGUGACUUUGGUGUCGCUCAAAUACGUAAUGCAACAACACGCCAGACAACAGGGAGUACUGAACGACCGAUUUCACUGUCAUGGACUGCUCCUGAAAUUCUAGAUUUAGAAGACCAUACAGAGAAGAGUGAUAUUUACAGUUUAGGGAUAGUUUACUGGGAGCUGUUCGAAUACAAGAUACCUUAUGAUGGUUGUACAGAUGGUGUCAUUCGUCAAUUUGUGCUUGCUGGUAAGCGCUUGAAAAACUUCGAAAAAACGCCUUCUACUUUUCGCACCAUUAUCGAACGAUGUUGGGCACACAACCCGAGUGAUCGACCCGAUGGCAGUGAACUAAUCCAAAUGAUUAAACAAUGUAUUCCAGUUGAAACUGAUAUUCUUCAACAUAUAUUUUAUGAUGCUGCUUGUUUCGUAUUGAAAACUCGCGAUGAAAAAAAUAUAACUCUUGCUAAAACCAAAGGUAUAUGGAUAACAUCGCAAGCCAAUCAAGAGAAAUUAAAUCGAGCUUUUCAACAACAUCAAAACGUAAUUUUAUUUCUUUCUGUUACUGGACGUAAAGGAUUUCAAGGAAUUGCUCGUUUAUCUUGUGAGUCGCGAGAUGCCAGCGAAGGAAUUGCUUGGAUGUUUCAGACAAGCAAAAAGCAUUCUUCACAUGCUGUUAAGAUCGAUUUGAUACCAUGUGAAACAUUACGAUUUUGUCACAUCGACCAUUUAUUUAAUUCGUUAGAUAAGAAUAAACCGGUUACAUUGAGUAGCGACGGCCAGGAAAUUGACUUGGAUUGUGCCAAAGCUUUAUGUCGUUUAUUUCCAUCGAAUCCGUCUAUUGAUAUUAUGCCAAUAGUAACAAAAGCUAUAAGCCAUAUUGAUUUUGGCUUUUCAGCUAAUACAUCAAAGUUAAAUGAAAAUGGAAUAUUUAUUAGUGGUUUACCGUCUAAUAUGAACAAACAGCUCUUAUUCAAUACUAUACAAGAUAUGUUUUCUACUGUUGGCCAAAUUAAAAUUGAUCCAUUAACAGAGAAAUCGUGCAUCUAUUUAUUUCGAAGAAAAAAUAAUAUGGACGAACUCACUGGUGGAGCAACAGUUACAUUCGAAAGCCUGGAAACUGUGAAAAAAGCAUUCGAAAAAUACAAUGGUAGUAUUUUAUAA